CGAAACGAGCUUAGCUAGCUAGCUAUUGGUUGAUUGAACUCUCUCUCUUUUUUGAAUUUGCAUUUUUAAACUUUGAGCUAUUCUAUUUUCACUCCCCUUCAUGUUUCUAAGCUCUCAACUAAACUUCUUACGUCCCCCAACUUUUUACAUGAGUACGUACUAACUCCAAUUGUUUAACUUCAGGUUACAUAAUUUCCUUCUCUUACCCCCCCAAUCAUCCAUUCAUCUAACCUACAUUAUCUCUACUACAUACACCCUUCUCUCAUCCCGCCUAUUACAUAACCUCCAUAACUACAUAUUACCUUAUUAUUGUCACCACUCUUUACUUUAAACUCCUCUCUUACAUUUACAUAUUCAACGCGUCGUGUCUAUUUUCAACCACUAUAUUGGAUUGAACUGCCACAACGUUGUUGUACCUCACUAGACAUGGACUUACCUGCAACCAUGUCUUCCCCUCGUGCGUUUUCUUCCGAGUCCAGUGUCGGCGCUGCUGCCGACACUUUCUCUCCUGUCGCGUCUUCCACAUCGACCCCCCCUACUACUACUGCCGACACGAUGAGUCUGGCUUCCGAGAACUCCAAGCAUGAGAAUGCCGCGGCCAUUGGCCCUAUUGACGAUACUAUUGACGCACUGGACGUUGACGCGUCUUCUGUUAUUGCCGACUCCAUUGUCGCGUCUGCCCCCACAACCCUCCCAACCCUCCCAACUCUCCCAAACGCUUCCCAACUUCCCUCUCCCAACGCCCUCGAUGCCACGCCUAGCAUCUCUAGCGGACGUUCGCGCCGACAACGACUCAGCGCACCUAUCUACAAUAUUGCGAAGUUAGCUGGCACUGCGAUUCACGGAAAGCGAAGAGCCAAGGGCGACGAUGUUGCGGACCGAAAGCGACGCGCCACAACCGGUGGUGACGCGCGAAUUGAGUCUGAGGAUGAAGAGGAGAGCAACCCGCUCUCGAUUACACAGAGUGCAGGGCCAAUUGCCACGAAAAACUCCAAGUCAUUUAAGGAGACGGAUGGAGAGCUCGUGAGACGCAUCCGAACGCGUUCCUCGGCCGUGGAGCCCGACUCACUGGCGCAGAAGCUAUCUACCUUGGGCAAGAAGGGACGAACAACAUUUGAGAAGGGCCUAACCAAGAUGUCACGUGAAUUGCGACGAUUGCAGGACACCGAUGAAUUUGCAUUCAUUGAUAAGAAGCCUGUUAUUGUGUCGACCUGGGCCAACGGAAAGCCCGUCUUACCUGACAACGAACGCACCAACAACACCGCAGGCGCUACCACCACAUCCAACUCCAGUCGUCACUCCAACCAGAAUGCUACCCCCAGCCGUGGUAGCCUGAAGCGCAGCCGCUCCAAUCCCCAAUCGGAGUCAUCUCGAAAGAAGGCUAAAGGUACAGCCGAGGCUCGUGACGAGGAGGAUGAGUCGGAGGACGAUAUUAUCGAGGAACAGGCACCACCUCCCCCCCCACGAGUUACGAAGAAGUACCUCGAUCGCGGCCUCUACGCAGGCCAAGAGACCCCUGCCGAUGUCUACCAAGGUCUCACUGCGGCAGAGAAGAAGAAGUUGGCAGAGUUACCCGAGUUGAUGCCUAGCGGUAGGCCCAAUACGACGAUGCCGCUGCCCAUGUUUAAUGGCAUGCGCACCUUGAUUGAGGGCCGAGACUUCAAGCUGCCCUGGGAUGUCUGCAACCCUCUCCCCCCCGGCCAGCCCAAGCCGGACUUCAAGAAGCUUACCAAGAAUCGAUUUAUUGGUGAUGCGGCCGCCUACUGGAAGAAGACUCCACACUUCAAGGACUAUCAAUCCAAGUGUGUGUGCGCCCCAGAGGACGGAUGCGGUGAGAGCUGCCAGAACCGCAUCAUGCUCUACGAAUGCGACGACAACAAUUGCAAUGUUGGCCCGCAGCUUUGCCAGAACCGUGCCUUUGCGAGACUACAAGAGCGCACGAAGUUAGGAGGCAAGUAUCGUGUUGGAGUCGAGGUCCUCAAGACGGAGGAUCGAGGUUAUGGCAUUCGAGCAAACCGACCUUUCGAAGCCAACCAGAUUAUCAUGGAAUACAUCGGCGAGAUUAUCACCGAAGAAGAGUGCGAUCGCCGCAUGAAUGAGAAAUAUCAGAAUGCUGAGUGCUACUAUCUCAUGUCCUUCGACCAAAACAUGAUCAUCGACGCCACGACCGGUAGUAUCGCUCGUUUCGUCAAUCACUCAUGCUCGCCGAACUGUCGAAUGAUUAAAUGGAUCGUUUCCGGUCAGCCACGCAUGGCCCUCUUCGCGGGAGACCGCGAUAUCAUGACGGGCGAAGAACUGACAUACGACUACAACUUUGACCCAUUCUCGGCUAAGAACGUUCAGAAGUGUCUUUGUGGUAGUGCGAACUGUCGUGGCGUCCUAGGACCAAAACCAAAGGAGGUGAAGCAACCGAAGCAGCCGAAGGAUGAUGCAGCCGCAGCUGGAAAAAAGGGCGCUAGCAAGCGCAAGAGAAAUUCGGGAGAAGCCGACGAAGAUGACGAGGAAGUAGCCUCGUCCAAGAAGCGCAAGAUAAUUGCGCCAACGGGAACCAAGGCUAAGCAGGGCAAAACCCUAACUAAGGCCAGCAUCGGAGCCAUCAAGGGCGCCGUCGCCAGUAUCAAGAGUACUGCGUCGACGAUCUCGGUGAACACCAAGGCCAUCCUUGGUUCCAAGUCCUCGGGCCGCAAGACAGCGGCUAUCCAGAAGUCUAAGACUGUGGUUAGAACCUAUAGUAAGACUAAGGUAUCCAAGCGACCGCUGACGACUCUGCGAACCACCCCUCGACAAGCUACCGCCCGCGCUUCGGGUUCUGCGACGAUCGUCGCGGCAAGCUCGGAGAAGGCGUAACCGAACGCAACGAGCUUACGAUGAACAGAAAUCCGGGAACCGAUACCCUAAUCUCAUCACCUGGAAUCUCUCACUGCCGUUUCUAACCCUAUAACCUUUAAUAUUACGACAUCGAAACCCCCAUCUUCCUCCCCA